CCCUCGUUCCCCACAUAGGCUGGGCCUAACAGCACUAUUGCGAGGGUUUACAUAUAGUCCCUACAUCUUGGCCAUUGCCUCGACUGCUAAAAAAAAAUAAGGCUGCGAAUCAAACUCGUACCAGAAAUUACCCUUUUUUCCAUCGUGUGUUUUCUAUCGACUAGGACCCGAACAAAGUGUCCUGCACAGUGAAGUGCAAGCAACGUUACAAUGAGUAAAGUCAACGCAUGUUUGAAGCGGAGCUUCAUAAUCUUGACAUGUUUGAUCGGGCUCCUCAGUGGCCUGACUUUCGGAUUUACUUUGUUCGGACAUGGAUUCUUCCAUUCAACCGAGGAAAUCGAACACAUGAUCGUCUUGAUCACGGUGAUGUACGCUGUUGCCGUGGCGACGCUCCUCCUCGCCGCCAUUGGGGUGUACGGCGCCGCCAAAGACACGUCCUGGCCGCUCAUCAUCUUCUCAACCGGAAUGAGCCUGACCGUUCUCUUUGUGGCCUUCGACAUCAUGGCCAUUGUUGUCUUUAAAACCGUGGCAACGGACAUUUUGUCGACGGAGAAUCGUGGGCACUGGGUCACGCCAUUGGAUACGGCCAACGGAACAAACAUAGCGGUUCUUAACGAGUUGCAAGAAACCCUGAUGUGUUGCGGAGUGGAUAAGGGCUAUCAGGACUGGGGAGACCACAUCCAUCACACCUGUGUCUGCACUGAGGACCUGACUGAAUGUAUUCCAGCUCCUAAGAACAGCAGUCUCUAUGACGACCAUACGAGUGGAGGGACUAUUAUGAUUUAUAAACAGCCAUGUAUUCCAGCCCUGGUUUACCAUGCCCAUUAUCUGAUUGAUACAUUGAUAGCAAUAUUAUCAACGGUCUUUAUAUUAUUGUCUACCACUCUAGUGCUCGCCAUCUUGAUUCUGGUCCAGCUGAGGAGGAAACUGAACGUUCCUCCGGUGUACUACAGCGCCGAAGCCAAGGCGGGAAACUAUUCCUCUCUAGGGGAGAACGGCGACAUAGAAUGAUGUCAUCGAACAAACUGGUUUUCCAGUUGAACACGUUGUCGCCAAAUACAAAGGAAACACUGAUCUAUUCGACUGGUUAACAGGUCAAUGACAGAAUGUACGGGAGAUGUUUUGAUCCACAUCCUGCUCUCAGGAGCGAGGAAUGACAAUGUUGACUGUUUUGCUGUGGAUUUCAUGUUUGGCAUGAUUUAUUUCGUUUGUUUUACGGUGGUUUGGUAGGCUAAUAGGAGAGGAGCGAUUGGGAUGCGCCGCACUUUGUUUUUACUUUGUGUGUUUUCUAUGCACUUGUCAUGUUGUGUAUCGCUUUAAGUUUUUUGUUAUGUUUUUUAAAAGAUGAGGGAAACUCUUGAAGACCAAGCAAUUAAGCAGCCAAAAAAAGUGGGAAAUCAGCACUGCAUUCAUUUUUUUUUCUUUCUUCAGAGGUUGAAAAAUCUUUUUCAAUCUUUCCGUUAUUUAUGUAUAAAAUAUAUUUUAGAAAAAAUGAAAAGGACUUUUACAAUAGAUGUUGCAACCGCAACAUUAAAUUAGGAAUAUAUCAAUUACUGCAUGAAUAUUAACCAAUGUCUUACUCAACCUAUUCAUACAUAUAAGUCAGUAUUCACUGUGAAUGUGCAUAUUGCAAAUAUCUCUUAACAUGAUUUUGAUCCUAUAAAUUGUAUUUUUCAUAAAAUAAAAGACAGAAAAUCCAAUCCUA